AUGCAGCAGCAACAUCAACAACAUAAUAAUAAUAAUAAUAAUAAGCAAACGCUCGCGUCCUUCAGCAGUCGAGAGCUGCGAGAGAAAUACGAAAUCCCCGGCGUGUUUUUGAUUGAAAACUUUGUCACGAGAGAGGAAGAACGAGAGUUCAUCGAGGCGAAUAACAACAAUGAUAAUAAUACGAAGAAGAAGAAGAACGAAGAAGAAGAGGGAGAAACUUCUUCGCGCGAAAACGGCGAAAAGGAUUACUUUAAGAGCGGAUGGAAAUCGCUGUCGAAACGCCGCGUGCGACAUUACGGGAAGAAGUUUGAUUACGACACGAGAGACGCGGCGAACGACGCCGAGGAGAAAAUUCCGGAACUGCUCGACGUGGACGUUCGGAAAAGGCUCGAGGCGCUCGUCUCGGUCGUCGCCGACGCCGAGAGCACGACGACGGAGGAGAAAGGUGGAGAAGAGAAGAGCUCGAACGACUUCUCGUUCACGCGUCAGAAUGCGAACGACGACGCGUGGACCGAGGACGAAAGAAGACAAAUAUCCGAGGCGAUUCAAAAAGUCAUCGCGUUUGAUCAAGUCACCGUCAACGAAUAUCCGCCUGGAUGCGGCAUCGCCCCUCACGUGGACACGCACUCCGCGUUCACGGGAACCAUCCUCUCUCUCUCCUUGGGAGAUCGAUGCGUCAUGGAAUUUCGCCACCCGAACCACCCAAACGAAGAAGGCUAUUCUACCUCUCCUACCGAGAGCGCUACCGCCGCCCGGCGAAGCGGGAACGAGACGAUGAUAUUUCCUCACCGCGCGCUCGAGUUGCCUCGGCGAUCUCUCCUCAUUCUCACCGAUUUUGCUCGGUUCAAUCGCCAGCAUUACAUUCCAAAACGAAAGUCAGAUCCGAUGAUUGACGGAACGCGACGAACGCGAACUGAAACCAGAUACAGUUUCACCAUUCGACAAACGCUUCAUACUACUAACGAUAGUGAAAACAAUAACAACAACAACGACGACGAACGAGAAGAGAACGGUGGUGGCAAACAAAACCCUCCUCGCUCGUGCGACUGUCCAUACCCGCUCUUUUGCGACGUCAAAGACGGACCCUUCUCCAAAAUCAUUUCCCGGAAGAAGAAGAACAAUUUACAAGAACAACAACAACAACAACGAGGCUUUUCGUGCGAGCGGUAG